GUGGCCAAGUGGACAGGUGACCUUUUCAACAGAGGGAUUUACGACAUCUACGUGGCCUUGCGUGGGGUCCCCCUGCUGGAGUGGGAAGUCAGAGCGGAGUUGGACAAGCUCAGAGCGAGCGACAUCAUGGAGCCCAACCUGAUGUACGUCUACCCGCACACCCGCAUCCAGUCCCUGGUCAGCAUUCUCCGCACCACGGUCCAUCAUGCCUUCCCGGUGGUGACGGAGAACCGGGCCUACGAGAAAGAAUUCAUGAAGUGGGAUCAGCUCAUCAGCAACAAUAUUAAAUUCAAGAAAUCCAGCAUCCUCACCCGGGCGGCCGAGCAGCGUAAACGUAGCCAGUCCAUGAAGUCGUAUCCCUCCAGCGAAUUGAGAAACGUGUGCGAUGACCACAACGCGGCGGAGGAGCCUCCAGAGACGGAGGACAUGCUGCAGCAGAUGUUGGAGCGGAAGUACACUCCGUAUCCCAACCUGUAUCCAGACCAGUCCCCCAGUGAGGAGUGGACGAUGGAGGAACGCUUCCGACCUCUGACUUUCCACGGCCUGGUCCUGCGCUCACAGCUGGUCACUUUGCUUGUCCGAGGAAUCUGCUACGCAGAGAAUCAAUCCAGUACCACUCAACCUCGUCUCUCGUAUGCAGAUAUGUCAGAAGAUUACCCACGCUAUCCAGACAUCCACGACUUAGAUCUCACCCUCCUGAAUCCGCGCAUGAUUGUGGACGUCACGCCUUACAUGAACCCUUCUCCCUUCACCAUCUCGCCUAAUGCUCACAUCUCCCAAGUCUUCAAUCUCUUCCGGACGAUGGGGCUGAGGCACUUGCCGGUGGUGAAUGCCGUCGGGGAGAUUGUGGGCAUUAUUACUCGACACAACUUGACCCACGAAUUCCUCCAGGCCAGGCUGCGCCAGCAUUACCACACCAUCUAACCUCGUCUCCCGCCUCUUCCACCUCCUGAGACACACACACACACCCCGCUCCUCCUAGGGAUUCCUGGGCCCAUCAUGCUGCACUUUUAGGUCAACCAAACAAGCCCAUCCUCCUUGUCCUCUUUCGGAGCCGUAAACUGUACAUCCUUUAGGCUGGGGUGACGGGGGAAAAAAGGCAUAAUGUGUGGGAGAUCUUGAGCGCUGGCUGUCCUCUUCUUGUUCUAGCAGCCGUGCGCUUCCCUGUUGGGGUUUGGAUCAAAUCAUCCCAGGGCUUCGGUUGCCCUUUCGGUUACUCGAAAGGA